UUAAAUUUCAAUAUGUCUUUCGACUUAAAUCAUAAAUUUUGGGUCUCAACGCGAAAAGAAAUCGGACAACUUAUUAAGAAACAGAACCGCUUAAAGAAAAUCGAACCUCCCCAGGAAAAAGCCAUAUCAUUUAAAAUUUUUGCAGAACUCUAUGUACUAUAUGUGGAGCUGCUCGAUAAGUUAAGUUUCAUUUACCACAAUACUUUUCAAGUACAAAAGCGGGAGAUAAUCCGCAUUUUAGUAGAAAGCGCUACUCAACAGCUAAUGCAACUCAAAGAGGAGUUGAAAAGUUUGGAAUUGAGUGAAUAUGUAUAUAUAGACAAAGCUUUGAUCGCCAGGAAGAUGACUCCUCAAAACUUGGUCAUAUGGAGAUCACCACAGUUUCUAUACCGCCGCCCAUUGGAAAUUCAAAAUAUAUUGGCCGACAACCGGUUGUAUAUGAAUGAUGAGGAAAAAGAGGAGAAGGCGGCACAAGAUUGGGUUCCGAUCAGUGAUGCCGUGAAGCUUAUUCAAGCUCAUGAGAGGGCACGGCGAGCUCGUGUUUAUAAGUCCAACAUUAAGUACGACAAGAAGAAAUUCCUUAAAGUCCAUCAAAGGAAGAAAAUCAAUUACAAAUUCACCUUUAAACCUGAUCAAGCCAUGAGUAUUCCCGUCAAGAGAACCAUAUUUUCCGCUGAUUUCUUGAAACCCAACGAGUCGUGUGAAAACUUAAAGAACAGGGAUGAUGUAGCGGAAGUAAUGGAUGGUAUUGACGAAGAGGAACUACAGUUAAAGCGGCAUAAUGCUGCUUCUAAGAUCCAAAGCUGGUGGCGAGGUUACAAGACAAGGAAAAUAGUUAAGAUCAAGAAGAGGUUUAAAGAAGAACUGUAUGGUAUGAAGAAGAUAAGAAAACUGAGGCGACCAAACGAGAAAGCUAAUGCCAUCAUGGAUAUGUACAAACAUGAGAUGCUAAAAAGAAAGCUGGAUGAGGAUUUCAUUAAUUUGAUCAAUGACGAACGCACUAGACUUCUGCAAGUCCGAAGUCCGUGGAUGAUGGAGGAUAUAUCCGACCAUAUCCGGGAUUGGUUCAGGGAAUUCUACGAAAAAACUGAAAACUUCCAUCCUUAUCCUGAUCCUGUAAAAAAGGGCACAGUCUUGGUUGUCAUUGACGAAACAAUGACCCCAAUGGAAUUUCAGCAAACCUUAGGUAAAAAACCCUUGUCGAAGGCAGAGAAAAAGAAAAUUCGUGAUAAAGAAAAGAAAGACAAGAAAAAGAAGAAGGAGAAACUUAAAAUGGUACUAAUGAAGGAGGCGAAACGCAGAAAAAAAUUAAGAGAUGCUGGAAUUAUCGACAUUGGCUUUGAGUUGAGUUCCAGCAAGGCCAUAGUAAAAAUUGAGGAAACAAUGAAGAGAUAUUCAAAGGACUGGAGAAAUAUUGAUGAAUAUCUUAACAAAAAUCAUGACCCCAUCAAAGAUUGGGUCACUGAGGAGGAGUUGGCAAAGAUUCAUCAGGAACUUAGAGGCUUGGUCGACGAAUACAUGAGGGUGGAAUAUGAGUUGCUUCGGGAGGCGUUGGCUAAAGAUAACAAUGAGAAAUACAAAGCCCUUAAAGUAAAGUACCCAAAAAAAAAGAAGAAGAAGAAGAAGAGGGCUCCAAAGGACAUGACUGGCGAUAGAACUCUGGAGUCCUUGUACAACGAGCUUAAAGACGGCGGUAUAAUAGAGAAAGUUGCUUAUAAAGACUUUGAUGAAUUUAUUGCCGACUUUAACUUUGUGGCCGACGACACUCGAAAUGAAGAUGACUUGACUACUGUGGGUCCAGCCAAAGGCGAUAUCAAAAUGGUUAUCCAAGAGUGUAUGCUAGGAAUGGGCGAAUUCGACAUACCAAAACCGAAGUCUCUCUUAUUAAUUGGACCCCUGAAUUGCGGAAAAAAGUUAUUGUGCCAAAUAAUUGCCUCAGAAUUGGAUGCUGUGUUUAUGAAUCUGAGUCCCGAGAAGACCUACAAGUACGCCGAUGACAUGAAAUAUUUUCUUCAUGUUAUUCUAAAAGUGGCUAAGGCUUUUCAACCUACCAUAAUGUAUUUUGAGGAAGCUCAUCGAUUAUUUUGGAAAAAAAUACCCCCAGAGGCCGUUGAUAUAAAACCAAGGCUUCUCGGAUCCUACAUAUCCAGUAAAAUAUUAAAGCCCCUAAAGAAAAAUGAUAAAAUUGUAUUAAUCGGCACAAGCAACAUGCCCUGGGCUGCCAAAGGAGCCAUAAAAAGAGCAUUCCAAAAAGUCUUGCUUAUACCAAAGUGCGAUUACGGCACUAGCUUCUUACUUUGGCUAGAACUGAUGACCGAAAAUGCCCCAGAUGAUAUGAACGAAUAUGCGUACUCUGCAUUGGCAAGAGUCUUGCAGGCUUAUACCUCCGGCGACAUCGAUGGCAAUGUAAAACAGACUUUAAAUAUUGACCGUAAAAUGCGACUUAAGAAUGAGGCAUUGGAUCCCCAUGAGUUCUUAGAAUAUUUCCUGAGCAAGAAUGAACCUCCAAUUUUCCCUCCAGAGGAUAAGAUCAUGCAAAAGUUUGACAAGUGGUUCGCAAGAUCUAACAAACUGAAAAAAAUGAGAAAUGCUUAUGAUGCUCAAAAGUUGGCCAAGGCAAGCAAACGAAAAUAAUGGGUAAAUUUUGUAAUAUUUAACAAAAAUGUAAACUUACCUUGGAAGUACAAAAAUUAUGAUAUAUCAUUUUAAAUACAUAUCUUAAGACACGCCUA